AUGCCUUUGCGAGUUGAGGAGGAGCUAAGGCAUGCCUGUGUCGCCCAACCAGAGAAUCUUUCGUCAAAGGAGUGUGGGAUCUUGAAGAGGUUGAAGGAGGAAUUUUGGGGUUUUGAAGUUUGUGGGGCAAAUGUGAGGGAUGUGUAUGAGUGGAAUGACUUGAAAUUGGAGGUUGAUAAGAUUCUAUAUGAGUUUGGAACUAAUCAUGAGAUUGAGUGUGAAACUAGUGAUCUCGAAGGAGUCAAGAAGGUGCUUGAGGAGUUCUUGAAGGAGAAUGGAAUCCAAUAUUCUUUUACUUACGGGCCCCAAAGUUUGCAGUUUUUUUAUCCAAGAAGCUUCCAUAGUUGGUGA